GAUGCCAAACUGGAUUCACUUCAUGUGAGGUUACAGGUGUGAGGAGGUUUCAUGUCAGCAGAUUGGUCCAGAGCGACAGACAGAGAGGGAGGGAGGACAAUGUUUGAAAAUGUCCCAGCAGCGUCCUCAGCGGAGCGGCAGCAGGUUCUGGGAGCUCUGGAGCGACUGCAGGCCAAACUGCUGCAGAGGGAGGAGUGGACCCACAGUGAAACCAUGGGCAACCUGAGGGAGACCCUGCAGAGUCCCCUCUUCAGCCACAUCCUCACCCUACAGCACUCCAUCAAACAGCUCCGCAGCCAGCUGAGCAGUAUGCCACCUGAAGCCUGCAGUGAGUUCAGUUUCUCCAAAAAGGGUCAGCUGAUCAUGAGCGCUGUUGAUCCAGUCAGCAGCUCCUCCUCCCUAAUGAGCACUGCCUUGUCUCCACCCAUCCGUCAGACUCCGCCCUCAUCUGAAUUCAACCUACAGAAAUGGAUCCUUGUUGCCGCAAAGGGCCUUCACAUAGAGGUGUGCCAGCUCACUCGGCCUCUGUCUGGAGGUCUGGGCUUCAGCGUGGUCGGUCUGAAUCCCGCAGGAAGCAGCAGUCAGGGCGUAUUCGUCAAACAGAUCCAGCAUGGAGGCAUCGCACACAGGGACGGGCGUCUCCAGGAGAGGGACCAGAUCCUGGUGAUUAACGGCAGUCCUCUGGAGCCGGGGAUCAGUCACCAGCAGGCCCUCGCCCUCCUGCAGCAGCCUGGAGAGACGGUGGAGCUGGUGGUGGCCAGGGACCGCCCACUCAACGCAGCGUCAUCACAACCAGCCGCUUUCCAUACGGAUGAGUGGGGUCACGUGGAGGAAAUCCAGCUCGUGAACGAUGGAUCCGGAUUGGGCUUCGGCAUCGUGGGCGGGAAGACGGCCGGGGUGGUGGUCCGGACGCUCAUCCCCAACAGCGUGGCUGCCAAGGAUGGGCGUCUCCGCACAGGUGACCACAUCCUGCGCAUCGGGGCGACGCCCACUAGCGGCCUCACAAGCGACCAGGUCGUCAACGUGCUGCAGGGCUGUGGGAGUCAUGUGACGUUGCUCAUCUCCAGGGAUCCACAGGGUCAAAAGUCAACAGCCCCGCCUCCUCCACCCCCUCCUGCCUCGGCCCCGGUCUCCUCCUUACCCCCACGCCCCCCUGGCAUACCCCCCCAACGCCGGCCCAGCAAGACGCCUAACCUGGAGGGGUAUGAAGUCCAUGAGGUUCCCCUAACCAAGAAUGACGGCCAAAGCCUCGGAAUCUCCAUCAUCGGCUACAACACCCUGACCAGCCAAGACGCAGUUGGUGUUUUUGUGAAACAUGUGGUUCCUGGUAGUGCUGCAGAUCAAAGCGGAAACAUCCAAGUCCACGACCGCCUGCUCGCUUUGAAUGGCGUCAGUCUCCAUGGUAUGAACAAUCAGGAAGUUCUGGAGGUGAUGAAGAAGACGGGUCAAACUGUGCUGCUCAGUGUGGUCAGGAAGAAACCCAUAACCCUGGAGAGAUCCCUGGAUAAAGCUAGAGAUGCAGAACUUUGGGCUAAAUGGGAGCAGGCUCUGGGACCAAAUUACCAAGUUCUGGUGGUGAAGUUGGAUCCUGUCAUUGAAGAUGAUGCAGAGCUACAGAAAAUCCUCCUGUUGCCUGUCCACACUCUGCGUCUUGGUGUGGAGCUGGACUCGUUCGAUGGUCACCACUACAUCUCCUCAGUAGUCCCUGGAGGCCCUGUGGAGAAACAUGGAGUCUUGAGACCAGAGGACGAGCUUCUGGAGGUGAAUGAUGUUCAGCUGUACGGUAAGUCUCGUCGUGAAGUGGUUGCAUUCCUCAAAGAAGUGCCGCCCCCUUUUACUCUGGUCUGCUGCCGACACCCGACCUCCGAACUGGGACCAGAAUCUGAAUCUGAAUCUGAGCCAGGAUCUGAUCCCGUACUACAACCUGGACCAAUGAGACAGUCAAAACCCAGUGUGGAUGAGAUUGAGCUGAAGCUGUCGUCCAUGCUCUGCACUCAGACAGAGAAGAGACAAAGCGCCACUGUGCAGGAGCAAGCACUUAAACAGGAAUCCCCUGGAGAAGAGGAGCUGAUGGAGACUCAACACAGCCAGGAGGAGGAGGAGGAGGAGGAGGAGGAGCAAGAUGAAGAUGAAGAUGAAGGGGAGCUUGCCCAGUGGUCUCCAGAUGUGCAGGUGUUGGAGCUGCAGAAGGAGAGAGACAAAGGCCUCGGCUUCAGCAUCCUUGAUUACCAGGACCCUCUGGACCCCGGCCGCUGUGUGAUGGUGAUCCGCUCUCUGGUUGCGGGGGGUUCUGCAGAUCGUCUGGGUGCUUUGCUCCCUGGAGACCAGCUGGUGUCAGUCAACCACACCCAACUGGACCUGCUCACGCUGGGCCAGGCUGUGGAGGUCCUGAAGUCUGCCCCCCCCGGAAGGGUCCGUCUGGGCAUCCGGAAAGCCUCUGGUGGUGGUGGCCGAGGGACGAGAGAGGAGCAGCCUGGAGUCUCACAACACACACCUGCCUGUUCCAAAGGGCUUCGGUUGACGGCUCCCAUCUUGCCAGAAGACCUCCUUCAAAAAGUGGGAAAUAGAGGAAGAAGAGGAGCCAGAGCUUAUCCUGGACGGAGGUCUGCCUCGCUACACCUCCUUCUCCCUGGCCUCUGUGGAGGAGAACACGGGCUUGUUACCCAGGAAACCUCCUCCGUCGUGGGAGGAGUGGAAGCUCAACUCCUCCAGCUGGGCGGGAGCAGCAGAGGAGACUUGGAGCAGAGAGGAAGCAGGAGGAGCUCAGCGACAGGGAGGAAGAGGAGCUCAGCGACAGGGAGGAAGAGGAGGACCUGCAGAGAUCUGACCAUGACAGCAUUGUGUCAUCAGCACAAAGGAUUCCGGACUUCAGAGACAGUUGAAGCAGACUCUGAGCUCACUCUGACAGACACCGACACAGAGUCCAUCAGGUUGAUUAACAGUAAGAGAAGGAAGAGGCGGAGUCAGGGAGGAGCCUCUCUACCAAUGAGAGGAGGCCACGGAGAUCUACCUGAAAGAGAGGAUGGGGAGGGAGAGGAAACUCCUGCCUUCAGUCACUGGGGACUCCCUCGCAGGGUGGAGGUGUGGCCUGAGGAGGGCCAGUCUCUGGGUCUGAGCAUCGUGGGAGGUCAUCAGGUCAUCAAGCGUCUGAAGAACGGAGAGGAACUGAAGGGGAUCUUCAUCAAACAGGUGUUAAAGAACAGCCCUGCUGCCAAAACACAGUGUCUGAAGACUGGGGACAAGAUCCUUGAGGUGUCAGGUGUUGACCUACGAGUGGCCAGUCAUGAGGAGGCGGUGAAUGCCAUCAAAUCAGCUCCGAGCCCCGUGGUCUUCAUCGUCCAGAGCCUGUCCACCACUCCACGGCCUGUGUCUCUAACAGCUCCCAGCUACAAAAAACACAAAUCAACGAGGACUGAGUCUCCGGUGCCAGCCCCCCCCCCUCUGAGACAACUCCCUCCCUACAGACCUCCCAGCCACUCGGAUCAGGAGCUGAACUCUGACCUGGAACAGGCCAAAGGACUUGUUUGAACCAGCAGUCCCUCCGUCCCGUGUUACAGCACAGAGUGGAGGAACGUCUUUCCUCUCAUUCCUCCCCUCUCUCUCGAUCUUUCUCUCUGGUGUCUGGGUUUCCUCUGGCUCUCUAUAGUGCGUUUGGUUUGGUUUUGGUGCGUCUGAACGGGAAGGCGGGGCUUUGAGGGUUGUUUCUUCUGGCUGCUGGCUGGAUGGUUUAGCUUUUGUGAAAGGAUGAUUUCAUGGGUUUGGAGCUCUUUGGUUUGAAUGGGUGUGGUGUUUGAAGCUGUUUGGUGAAAGGUGUUCCUCUGACUGGAUUCACUCUAACAUCUGAUGUUCUUUCUGAGGUGAAAUAACUUUUAAUUCUGGACUUUUGUAGCAAUUAAAUUAUUUAAAUGUCUUUGAUAUAUUAGAGGAAUUUGGAGAUCUUUGACAGCUAUAAGCUGAAGUAGUGCAUGUGUACUGUAUCAAGUACAACCCAACUACAAAUAACUGUAUAGAAUGAUCAGAACUUCCCCUGCUAUGUUUGCGGACUAUGCAGCGAGCAAAACACCUUUGUAUGUUGUUCAUAUAAACAGCCUUUAUAGUUAUUAAAAUAAGAGGACUUAAUUGAAAAUAAUGAAUUUCCACGAGUUCAUUUGGAUAUUGAUUCACACAGAAUUCAAUUGUAUGUAUGUCUGGACAUUUUUAUGUUACAAAUGUGUAUGCAGCAGAGGUCAUUUCUCACAAAGCCUUUAAUAAAAUCAAGAAAGCUGUUUAAA